AUGAAUGACAUUCCGGAAAACGUUGACGUCGACUCCAUCAUUGCCAGAUUGUUGGAAGUACGUGGUAACCGCCCUGGUAAACAAGUACAAUUAGCCGAGCAUGAAAUUCGAUUCUUGUGUGGAAAGUCGCGCGAUAUUUUCAUGAGUCAACCUAUUCUUUUGGAUUUGGAAGCACCUUUAAAGAUCUGCGGCGAUAUCCAUGGUCAAUACUAUGAUCUGUUGCGUUUGUUCGAAUAUGGUGGUUUCCCUCCAGAGUCCAAUUACUUGUUCCUGGGUGAUUACGUGGAUCGUGGCAAGCAAUCUUUGGAAACAAUUUGUCUUUUAUUGGCUUACAAGAUCAAGUACCCCGAGAACUUUUUCAUUUUGCGUGGAAACCAUGAGUCUGCCAGCAUCAAUCGUAUAUACGGCUUUUACGAUGAGUGCAAACGACGAUACAACAUCAAGUUAUGGAAGACGUUUACAGAUUGCUUCAACUGCCUACCGAUUGCUGCUGUCAUUGAUGAAAAAAUCUUUACCAUGCAUGGUGGUCUUUCUCCUGACUUGCAAAGCCUGGAACAAAUUCGACGAGUGAUGCGUCCAACGGAUGUGCCUGAUACAGGCUUGCUAUGUGAUUUGUUGUGGUCGGAUCCUGAUAAGGAUGUCCAAGGAUGGAGUGAAAAUGAUCGUGGCGUAUCCUUCACAUUUGGUGCCGAUAUCGUCAGCAAAUUCUUACAAAAACACGACAUGGAUUUGAUUUGUCGUGCACAUCAGGUGGUCGAGGAUGGAUAUGAAUUCUUUGCAAAACGACAAUUGGUAACGCUCUUUUCUGCACCAAACUAUUGUGGCGAAUUUGAUAAUGCGGGUGCCAUGAUGACCGUGGAUGAAUCACUACUAUGUUCCUUCCAAAUCUUAAAACCGGCCGAAAAGAAAUCAAGGAAUGCAUAUAAUGGACGAGGCAGAUAUGGAAAAUGA